AUGUCCGUGAAAUCGGUGAUGCCGCCACAAACUUAUUCGCGCCUGUUCAGACCCUGGGAUGCAACAGAGGGCCGGGAUAAGGUCAGUUCCAGCAAAUCUAGUGAUUGUGAAAGUGAUAGAGUGUUCAAGCAUGAACCGUUUGAUGCUGCAAUUCGAGCUCGCUUAGAUCUGGAAAGUCCGGUUUCAUCGGAACCCAAAUCACCCAUGCAAAGUCCCGUCAAGUUUCCGUUGAUCGAAACACCUGAAUUGGAUGAUGUUAGUGCUUUCCUGGGGCACCCGGCGGAUUUGGCUUCGUACUACUACUACUGCAGUCAGCAGAAAUUGGGAAUGGAUUUACUACCAGCGGCAUUGAACUUUACCGGAGUACCAAUCGAUCCGAUCACUUAUGAGCAAAUGGAACAGGAAUAUUUUCGUGUGCUUAGUGAGGAUGCCAAAGCGAAACUUUUGAGCAGCCGAAAGCAACGACCAAAGAAAUUCAAGUGCCCCCAUUGUGACGUAGCAUUCUCCAACAAUGGUCAGCUGAAAGGUCACAUCCGCAUUCAUACCGGCGAACGUCCCUUCAAAUGUGACGAAGUAAGUUGCAGUAAAACCUUCACCCGAAACGAGGAACUAACCCGCCACAAACGAAUCCACACCGGAAUUCGGCCGUACGCCUGUCAAACCUGUGGCAAAAAGUUCGGCCGACGGGAUCACCUGAAAAAGCACACCAAAACGCAUAUGCCUCAGGAACGGUACACGUACGGGUUGGCCCCAGCCGCCAUGCUGAUGCCGAUGUACUCGGCCGCGUCGCACCUGUACGGAUACUAG